CGUCUGCUGGAGGAGAGAACUGGCUGGAACCAGAUCUCUGGCUUUAACCCUUUACUUGCCCCGAGGGGGGUAGGGGGACGCAUGCUUGCGACAUACGCACUCAAAAGUGUGUGUUGAUGCGUGUGUGUGGGCAAAGUGACAGAUAUUGAACAUCUCUCACACACAUACACACACACAUAAACACACGCAAGGAUACGAGGGAGUUUCUUCUAUGCCGAAAGUAGCAAAAACACAGAAAUGGUGCCCUGUGGACUCAAGAGACCAAAUUUCUUGGGCCCCCUCGUAUACACAGAGGCCCCAGAUGGAGGCUGGGGAUGGGUGGUGGCCGUGGCCUUUUUCUUGGUGGAGGUCUUCACCUAUGGCACCAUUAAGAGCUUUGGCAUCUUCCUCCAAGACCUGAUGGAGGAGUUUGAGGAGACCAACAGCCGAGUGUCCUGGAUUGUUUCCAUCUGUGUUUUUGUGAUGACCGUCCACGGUCCUCUGUCCUCCAUGUUGACCAACCGAUUUGGCUUCCAACUGGUCGUAAUGGUCGGAGGUGUACUCAUUUCCUUGGGCACCAUUACUACAAGCUUCACCACCUCAGUCAAUCAAAUGUACAUCACUUAUGGUUUGUUGGCAGGUUUUGGCUACAGUUUGACCUUCCUUCCCACGGUGACGAUCCUAUCACAUUAUUUUAAACGGCGAAGGUCACUGGUCACAGCCAUAGCCUCGACUGGUGAGGCUCUGUCCAUGUUUGCUCUCGCCCCAGCCUUCUCCUUACUGAGGGACCGUAUUGGCUGGCGUCACACCAUCUUGGUCAUCGGAGCCUUACAAGGCACUAUCAUCAUUUGUGGGGCUCUGCUGCGGCCAAUCAUUAUCGAACCCCUGACAACACAAGAACCGAAACCCACACAUGGUACUGCUGACGACGUCCAACGUGAAAAUCUCAACAGCAAUCCAGAGAGUACUUUACUACAGACGGAAGCCAUGUCAGAGUUGCCAAACGGUAUCAAUAACGAAGCUGAACCCCGAAACAACGAUGUCGAGAAGACUAAAGUUGAUGAGAAACCGCCGGCAAAGAAAGUUAAACUCAUCGACUUCUCCAUCCUCAAAGAGCGCAGCUUCAUCCUCUACUCGCUCUUUGGUCUGUUUGCCACCCUGGGCUUCUUUGCCCCUCAACUCUACAUCAUCGAGCUGAGCGUGAGUCGAGGCGUUGAGCGGGAUCAUGCCACCUACAUGCUGUCCACAAUGGCCGUGGCUGAAGUCGUCGGUCGCUUUUUCAUCGGAUGGGUUCUAACACUAAAGUCGAUCCGAGACAAGAAGCUCUACGCUCUGCUGGUUUGCGUGAUUUCCAUGACGCUGGAUCUGGUGGGAUUUACUGUGGUCACAGAGUUUUACGGCCUGGCUGUUUGCUGCGCCGUGUACGGGUUCUUCAUGGGGACCCUAGCAUGUACGCAUAUUCCCAUGCUGGCAGAAGACGACGUGGUGGGCUUGGAAAGGAUGUCCUCUGCUGCUGGAGUUUACGUGUUCAUACAAAGCUUUGCAGGACUGGCUGGACCCCCACUUGGAGGUGUCUUAGUGGACGUAACUCAAAACUACGGAUCGGCCUUCUUCUCCUGUGCAGCCGGCAUGGCAGUGAGUGCUGUGUUCCUGAUCUUAGUAAAACCUCCCACUUGUGCGAAGAGGACUAGACUACAUGAAGGUACACAAGAUGAAGUGAAGGACUUAACGGAGAGCCCGGAAAUGAACGAGGCUAGUUCAGGUACACGUAAAGACAUGGAUGGAACGCCGGCGGAGGCAUAAGACAUGACCUGGAGGUCGUAAGUUUUGGAAUAUAGUUAUCUAAAGAUAGCUAUUGCAUGGAAUAGGUGGGAAAACUAUUGUUUAUGAUGCGGAUCUGUUCCCUUGGGGGUGUUUGGAUAACAAAUCAACAAUAGUGCCUUGCUUGCCUAAUGUAAUGAAAAGCGUUUAUUCCUACAGUGACAAAGAACAAUGUUCAAUUAGUUUUAAUGCAGGAAAAAAAAAAAAAAAAAAAAAAAAAAAAAAAAAGUUUUAAUGCAGGAAAACUGUAGAAAUAGCCUUAGGCUCUUAUGGAAUCAGGGUCAAUGGAGGAACAUCUCGAGUUACAGUAAAUAUCUCCUGGUUGUCCAUAACUUUACAGCCGUUAAAACUGUGAAGCCAACAUAGCUGCAAAUACAUAACAAUUGCACAGCAUCUGUAACACGAACUCUGCUGAUUGUGUUAUAGAACAUGCAAAUGCGUGAUUGAAAUGUUUAUUUUUGACCAAAAAGAUCCGUGCACUGUUGUGAAAUGUCAAAGAUGAACUAUUUUUGUAAUGAAAAAUGUGUUCAGUCACAAUAAAGAGACGGUGAUUUGAACCUUUUAAUUAGA